AAGCGGAGAAAAGCUAUGGUGGGCGUUGCCUUCUCCUCCAAGGGGGCGGUGCGGGGCAAUGACGUCAGACAAGGACGGCUUCAGUGCAGGUGGAAGGGGCCCGAGCUGUCAGCUAGUAGUGACCCCAUGAGCACCUUGAUGACGUCAGUCAGUUUAAAAAUGACAACAGAGAAGAGUGUUGUUGCUGAGGCAGAAAGUCCUCCCCAGGACCAAAAGCAGGAAGGGAAGGAACAAGAGGAAGAAGGGGCAUGCAAAAGUGUCCCGGAGGAAAUUGUCACAGGGGAUAAACCGGAGACUGUAGAAACCCAGGGUUCUCCUUCCACAGAUUCACCCAGCACCCGUAGGAGUAAAGACCGGAAUUCUGAAGGCAAGCGUUUGUCAAGACUUUUCUCUUCCUUUCUUAAAAGACCAAAAUCUCAGGUGACCGAAGAAGACAAAGACGUUCAAUCGUCUUCAGAAAAAGGAGCAGCAGAACAAAAGGAGUUGGAUGAAGGGUUGGGAGAGCAGUUGGAUGAUGAAGUUUUUUUGAAGGCUCCUAUAGCAGCUCCAGAACCUGAACUGCGAACUGACCCAUCUCUUGACCUACAUUCUCUGAGCAGUGCAGAAACCCAGCCCGCACAGGAGGAUAGAAAAGACGAUCAAGACCCUGAAGCAAAUCCUGAGGACGAGGAGGACACUGUUGAAGUUAACUCAGAACAGAAGCUCACAAAAACCGAAGACGCAAAGAGUAGUCAAAAAGUGGUUAGGAGGUCCGCCAACAUGCGUUGCAAAGUUACCCUUCUUGAUGACACAGUGUAUGAAUGUGAACUGGAGAAACAUGCUAAGGGGCAGGAUCUUUUUAAGAAAGUGUGUAGCCACUUGAAUAUUCUCGAGGAGGAUUAUUUUGGUCUUGCCAUAUGGGAGUCCCCUUCUAACAAGAUCUGGAUCGACGUGGUGAAGGACAUCAGGAAACAGGUGCAUGGGGCCCCAUGGGAUUUCACCUUCAAUGUAAAAUUUUAUCCACCAGACCCUGCUCAGCUUACAGAAGACAUAACAAGAUAUUACCUGUGCCUCCAGCUACGUCAGGACAUCCUCAGUGGCCGCCUGCCAUGCUCCUUUGCCACUCUUGCCCUUUUGGGUUCGUACACUGUCCAGUCAGAAGUGGGAGAUUAUGAUGAAGAUCUUCAUGGCACAGAUUAUGUGAGCGAGUUUAAACUGAGUCCCAAUCAGACAAAGGAUCUUGAAGCCAAAGUUGCAGAGCUACAUAAGUCCUACAGGUCAAUGACUCCAGCGCAAGCUGACUUGGAGUUUCUGGAAAAUGCCAAAAAGCUGACCAUGUAUGGUGUGGAUAUUCACCAAGCCAAGGACUUGGAGGGAGUAGACAUAAAACUUGGAGUCUGUUCUGGUGGUCUCAUGGUCUUCAAAGAUAACCUGAGGAUCAACCGUUUCCCUUGGCCUAAAGUCUUGAAAAUCUCAUAUAAAAGAAGCAGCUUUUUCAUUAAGAUUCGCCCUGGUGAGCAGGAGCAAUAUGAAAGUACAAUAGGAUUUAAGUUACCAAGUUACAGAGCAGCAAAGAAACUUUGGAAAGUCUGUGUUGAACAUCAUACGUUUUUCAGGUUAACAUCUACAGAGACCAUUCCUAAAAACAGGCUCCUGUCACUGGGUUCCAAAUUUCGUUACAGUGGGCGGACACAGGCCCAGACAAGGCAUGCCAGUGCCCUCAUUGACCGACCUGCUCCCCAGUUUGAGCGAACUGCUAGCAAGAGAGCCACACGCAGCCUGGAUGGAGUUAAAAAAGGGCGCCCAGCAUAUAAAUUCAUUGCCUCCGAAGAGGAUAAUGAUGUUGAAGUGAUUGAAUUAAAGAUACCAAUUCAUGCUGUGCCAGCAACCGUGUCGCACAAAGAGGAGAUCGAAUUGGAAAACAUUGACAAGGCUGGUCUCAAGAAGCCGGAGGAGAUGAGUGUGGUUGAGCAGACCCGCAAAAUAUAUGUAGAGACUGAGCAGAAAGCUGCAGUGGCAACACCUGAACGCAAUGCCCGUCCAGUCUCUGCUCCUGUCAUCACUCAGAGUCAAAUUGUUAUACAACCUGCACGAUCCAGAGAGGAAUCCUCAACGAAGAAUGAGGAGAAGAAACCACAGGACCAAGUCAAGGAGCCAAGGAGCUCCCCUAAGGAGGCAAAAACUCCACCACAGAAGAAUUCCUCUCCCACAGUCAAUGGAGAUCAAGCGCAGCAACCAGCUGAGAAAGAGGAAGAGAUAAUUCGCAUGAGGAAGAAAAGAGCAAAGAAACUAGAGGGUGAAAACAUAUAUAUCAGGCAUAGCAAUUUAAUGUUGGAGGACUUGGAGAAGACGCAAGACGAAAUAAUUCGCCACCAUGCCAGUAUCCGUGAGCUGAAGAAAAGUUUCAUGGAGUCUGUUCCCGCACCACGCCCCAGUGAGUGGGAUAAACGCCUUUCUUCCCACUCUCCUUUCCGUACUUUCAGUUUCAAUGGACAGGUCCAAACAGGCAGUGAUGGGCCACCUUUGGUGAAAACACAGACCGUAACCAUCUCCAACGCUUCAACCAGUGAAAAGGGACAAAUCCCCACUAAAGAAGUCCCCUUGGUACACACAGAGACCAAGACUAUCACUUAUGAAGCAGCAAAAAAUGAAGAUGUUAACUUUGACCAAGAACCUGGCAUCCUGCUUGCUGCACACACCAUUACCUCUGAAACAACCAGCAGCACCACAACAACCCAAAUCACCAAGACAGUGAAAGGGGGCAUCUCAGAAACUCGAAUAGAAAAGAGGAUAGUUAUUACAGGUGACGGAGACUUGGAUCAUGACCAGGUCCUGGUGCAAGCUAUCAAAGAAGCAAAGGAGCAACAUCCAGACAUGUCGGUGACCAAGGUGGUAGUUCAUCAGGAGACGGAAAUUGCAGAGGAAUAAAUAUAAAAGGUUUUUAUUACAAGCCUUUAAUUGGGACCAUGGACAAAGACUUUUUUUUUCACAGAAAACCAGCAAAGAUGCCCCCGCCCCUGGACUGUCUCCCCAGAGCCCUGGCAAAGAUAACUUUUCAGACACUUGACCAUUGCUUUAACAGAACCACCAGUUUUGUACACCCACGUUUUUAUAAUGGAAUAGAAAUGACGUGAAUGGGAGGCCUCUCCACAUAUCUGGAGAGUUCUUGAAGAUUUCUAACUCACCUGGAAGUUAUUUGUGUACUGUGAAUAAUGAAUGUGACUAUUACACUGAAAACACUGGAUAUGUAGCUUUAGAGACCGUUCAUGGAGUUGCGGUGUCUGAGGACUUGACAGAAAUGUUAUCUGUAGGAAACACAGGUGCUAUUGCUUGCAGUACAGAUAUUGGAUAUUAAAAUACUUCUGUAGGGGUCCACGACUGGUAUAGAGAAGUAAUUGUAUUUAUCAUCCUUGUAAGUGAUAUACCAUUAAUUUAACACUCUGUGUUUGGUGACAAAUAAUGAUUCACAAUAGUUCAAAUUUAGUGUGUCACCUGUAUUACUGCUUAAUGUUCUAGAUCAUCUCCCUGCAUCUGUCACAUUACUGGUCUAACACGUUCCAUAAGUCGCUGUAUCAGUUUUAGGCCUCAUGCACACGACCAUUGUUGUGUUCCGUUCCGCAAAAUGGGGUUCCGUUGUUCCGUGAUCCGUUUUACGUUUUUGUUUCCGUGUAUCUUCCUUUAUUU